AUGCAGGUCCUACUCCUUUUGUUGGCCUUUCUUUUGCCUCCUGAAGCUGGAGCUGUGGAAAUCAUCAGUGGCAUUGAGUCCAAGCCACACCCCCGCCCCUACAUGGCCCAUCUGGAAAUCAUCACUGACCAGGGUUAUGUUGCCAGCUGUGGUGGGUUUCUCGUAAGUCAAGAAUUUGUGAUGACAGCAGCUCAUGGUAAAGGAAGGAAAAUUACUGUCACUCUGGGAGCUCAUGACAUAAAACAGGAAGAAUCCACAUGGCAGAAGCUGGAAGUCUCAGAACAAAUAGUUCACCCAAAUUACAACUUUUUCACCAACCUUAAUGACAUCAUGUUACUGAAGCUACAAACAAGAGCCAAGCUGACCCACGCCGUGGGGACAAUCUCCCUGCACCAGUCUACCUUCAUUCCACCUGGGAGAAUGUGCAGGGCAGCUGGCUGGGGAAGAACGGGAGUGAUGGAGCCGGUGUCAGAUACUCUGAGGGAGGUGAAGUUGAAACUCACGGAUGCCAAGGCCUGCAACCACUAUACGUUUUACAGCCAUAAAUUACAAAUCUGUGUGGGCAAUCCCAGGAAGACAAGAUCGACAUACAAGGGGGAUUCUGGGGGUCCCCUUUGUGCAGGGGUGGCCCAAGGUAUUGUGUCUUAUGGACGUACAGAUGCAAAACCCCCUGCUGUCUUCACUCGAAUCUCCCCAUAUGUGCCUUGGAUUAAUAAAAUCUUGAAGAAACAGUAG